GGGGGACAGCCCGACUUAUCAAUUGACCUAGAUACCUGCCACUACAAUGCCAGUAUUCCAAGCCAAGACGUUUCGACGUGCGACGACGGCAUCAUCUACCCUUGGAGAAAGGGUUGGUGCAGCUUACCGGGCUCACCUACCUAAGCGCCCAUUCUUGCUCUUCGGGCUCCCUUUCAUUAUGAUCAUAGUCGCCGGAUCUUUUGCUCUAACCCCGGCUGCCGCUUUAAGGUACGAGCGGUACGACCGCAAAGUCAAACAAUUAAGUCAAGAGGAAGCGAUCAACCUGGGCCUCAAAGGGCCUGAUGGUGAAGAGGGCAUUAAACGAAAUCCCCGAAGAAGAGUUAUUGGAGACGAAAGGGAAGAGUAUUAUCGCCUCAUGGCCAAAGACCUUGAUAACUGGGAACAGAAACGAGUACAGCGAUUCAAAGGCGAACCUGAUGGAAAGCUUUGAGAUACAUCACUUGUGCUUCUAUCACCAUGCUGAUAUAUACCCUUCUAGUCGUCGGCAGCCUCACAAAUUCGGCCUUUCUUACAGAAGUCCUUCAGUGGUAGAUCAAACUUAUCUGUAGCUGCAUAUAUGAAAUGUGAGGAUGGUCACCAUCUUAUGUAUGAAUGCAUGUGCGAUCCAGUUCGAUGUUGAUAAUUACUGAUUGUUAAAUGAUUUCUAUAAGGUCGCCCCCUUAAAGAGCGGAUUUAUUACCUAUUGUAUCAAUACCUGCAAAUUUAGUUUGUUAUAAGCGGC